AUGGGCUCCUUAGGUGUCGGCCGAAUUUUCCAAGUGGUGCAAAAACCGCAAUUGCGUCUGCCCCUCAGCGAUCUUGCAUUCGUGUCCUCACUUCCGGAGCAUUACCUGCCGCCGCUAUUCCGAGGUACUUGCACCGUGUGUUUUCGUCUUCUGAACCAGUGGUCAUGGGAGCGUUUUUCGAUAGUAGCAACUCUUGUAAUCCUCUUUUGCAACAAGCCACACGUUUUGGACUUGCUUGGAAUUCAUUUUUUGACAGUUUUUAUGGUUUGUUUUGAAAGCUAAAAACUGAUAACAUCAAGAUUCGGAGUUCAGAGGUUCUGUUCUAAGAAAUUCACAGUGAGACAAGGUAUUUUUUUAGCUCCCAUUGAGUGGAACUUCUCAAGUCUUUUAACUAACUCAAAUUUUUCUAAAAGCGUUCACUCAGAGAUAAACUUUCCCUACUUUCUCAUUUCUCGAGUAAAAAAAUUUAAUCUUUUUGAGAUGUCCACAGCAUUCUUAAAUAAUUCAAGCUCGUAUUGGAAAAAAAUAAUUAAAUUACUUAUUUUUAACGCUUUCAGAAUCUUUUUAGAAAAAAAGCCCAAAUGAAAUACUUUUUUUCAAUUUCUUAAUGUUGGAUAAAAAGAAUUUUUCAGAGAAUAUUGGCCGCGUGAAAUGGGAAGAAUAUCGACGAGAAGGAGUUGAGGACAUCCCCGAUCAACCAGUUGUAGUUCGAGUACCAUUAUGGAAACGAACUCUAAAGGUUGUUUGAAAAAAUACUUUUCAUUCAUUUUGAUUUCGAUUGUGGAAGUAGUUCACAGACCCCUGUACAGUGACUUCAAAAGUUUUUGAGGCCAACGCUGUUUGAAAUAGUCUUUUUAUAUCUUUUUCUUGAAACUGAAUGAACUCUCUUUCUAGUUUUCCGCGCAGUUAAGUGUUCUUUUUAAGGCCAUUUAAGCGUACCAUUCUUUGACCACUGAACAAUCUACUUUUUCAACUGUUUCACGCAAACUUUGAAAUAAAAAAUACUGAUACAGUUUUUGAAGUUGAAGCAGAUUGAGAAAGCAGAUUUUCUCGGCGAGUCCUGGUAUUUUGAACGAGAAAUUUAUUGCCAAUGGAAAAUUCAUGGCUCGCGGAAGUUUUCGAGUUUCCUGAGAUCAAACUGCAGUGUCGUCCGAUCAAUCAAGGGCUCAAGGUCCCUAAAAACAGCCUGUUCUCAAAAACACGUCGAGCAUCGGGAUACAACAAUUUACGAGUUGUUUCAGCUGUUAAAAAUCUUGCUGCCUCAUGUCGGACUCAACGUCUUGUUAUUGUCGUACAUUGCUCUCGGGGCUUCAGUUUUCAUAUGGCUCGAGGCUGAUCACGAAUUAGAAGGAAGGAAAGUGAGUGACAGACAAUUCAAUUUUUAUAACCAUUUUCAAAAGAAGCUGAAUGGAGAAAACAAAAAAGCAAGAAAUUACACAACAUCUAAAAAAAUUACAAUUAUUUUUUUAGCUUUUUUUAAACCUAAUGAAUUUCUACAGUAGUAAUUUAUAAUUUAAAAAAAGGUUUUUUUGUACAGCUUUUCAAUAAAACUAAUAUUUUUUUCUACCGGUUUUUUUAGUUUCACUUGUACGGGAAGCAUUUUUUUACUUUAUGGUUUGGAUAUCUCUACAAAUACACUCAAACACUCUCCGAGGUUGAAAAUCCAUCAAAGGCGUCAACUUCUGGUUUUCAAGAUAAUUUUUUUUGAAGUUCAAAAAAUUGGGCUUAAAACUUAUUUUUCGCAAUUUCGAGAAGUGAUAUCCCAAAAACUAGAGCUUUGCACAGGAAGCAGCUAUGAAGGGUCUUUAUUCAGACAUUAAGAGAGUGUUUAAGGGAAUUGGUAGAAAAUUCUCAGUCACAAAGUAAAAGGACCUCUGUUGUUAGGAAAAUGGUUUUUGCAAGUUCAGAUAUUUCAUCUAUCAAAAAAAUAAAAUUAACAUCUCACUAGUUCUCCAGUAAAACGUUUGAUCUAUUGUGAAAAACAUUGUUUUUCAAAAUCCAAAUGACAAUUUGAAGCAGUGAGCUAAAGUUAUUUUUAGAAUUAUUCAAAUCUGAUAAUAUUUUUUUCCUAUCGGUAGUUUCUUAAAAUUAGAGUUUUUAUGAAACUUUUUCUCAUUCGAACCAUUUAAUUUGAAUUUCUUCAAUUCGGGAUAAUUUCUGAAGUGGACCCGAAUGAAAUUAUUAUAGGUUGAAGCUUAAACUUUUAUUUUUUUCAAUUGAUUUUGUUGUGAUUUCAACCGAAACUUUUCUAAGAUAUGAACAUGUAAACUUCAAAGUGGCAACGUUUUGAAGAAGAUCAUCCACUUUCAGAAAAUAUAUUCUUUUCAGUCCAAGGUAAAAAACGUCUUUCGAAUCUACAACGAAAUUAUCAACGAGACAAAGUCUUUGAGCGCAGGGAGGAACAACGGCACUUAUGUGAGCUUUCCAGUCUUCGAGGUACUUUUCUAGUUGGAUUUUCAGGUGGAAAACAGAAUCCGACCCCUUCUCCGGUUACUUUCUCAAGCUCACGAGUACGACGACCGGUUCACAGAUCAGAACCAACUGUGGACCGGCGAGGAACACGGCAUGACUACCAGGUCCUUUUUUCUUUCCCGGUUCUGUCCAGACCAGAUUUUUUCGUCUUUGAGUGUACCUGUCCAAUUAACUUUCAGAUGGACGUUUGCUGCCGCCUCGCUUUACGCGCUCACCGUAAUUACCUCAACUGGUGAUUCACUUACUUUUUUAUUUCGUUGCUUUCUUUUUGGGUGUGAUUUUGGAGAACAUACUCUUGAUUAGAUUUUGUGGGCGUUUGUUUAAAAUUAGGUGUCUCCUACAGCCAAAAAAUCAAGUGCUUUGAGAUGAUUGGGAAAAGAAGAUUUUUGAUCUGCUGGUUUCUGAGUUUUGAUCGUUUCGAUUUGAUCUCGGUAGUUUCAACAAAUUGAAAAGAGAAUACUUGAGUCAGCUUCUAGUAAAAAAAAAAAGCAGUACUACAGUUUAUCCCACCGAUUUUUGAGCGUCUGAAGCUUUCAAAAAACAAUGAAUUAAAAAUUUACUUUGAACUAGUUUGAGCAAAGGUCACUUCAAAACAGUUCAAAGCACCUAUUAACCAAAUAUUUUCACUGGAACUGUCACGGUUGAUUUCAAGUUUGGAGAUUGAGCAAAUAUGUUUCAGGGUAUGAUCACGUCACGCCUGCAACUGAUCCGGGGCGAAUAUUCACUGUUUUCUUUGGCCUUAUUGGUAUUCCGCUCAUGUUCAUAACUGCCGCUGAUAUUGGAAAAUUUCUAUCCGAAAUUGUGAUAAGGUACGUGAUCUUUUUAAUUUCUAAAAGAUAAAAGUAAGUUUUUCAGAACAUAUGCAAAAUUAUUAGAGAUGUGGAGGAUGAUAGCUUCGUUGGUGGAAUUGAUGCGAACCCAUAUAUUUGACACCGACGUCGAUUCUAUUGACUCUAUGUGAGUUAUUUUCAAAAUGUAGCACUGCGGGGUUGUAAAAACAACAGGAAGUGAAAUAAUAAAAUUUUUGAAAAACAUCUUUUAGAAAAAUGAGAAUGGCCCCCAAUCGGUCUCUUGGGGUUACUUUUUGCGACUACUUUCGUAAAGAUUUUCAUUGAGGGCUUUUUUGUUUAGAAGAUUGUCGUCGAAAAUAAAAGAAAUUUGUUUUAGAGAGUUGAAAAAGAACAAAAAGACCAAUUUGGACGAUGAGGAGUGCGAAGACGAAGAAGAUCGUCUUCAAUUGCCGAUCGCCAGUUAUUUCACGCUCAUCAUAGGAUAUUGUUGCAUAGGAAGCUUAUUAUUCAACACUUUCGAAAAAGGACCUGUCUGGUGAGAUUUCCAAUUCAUGUACUGAGUCAGAACUAAUAAGUCCGUUCUUUGCUUAUUUGAAAAAUAGAAACCUCAUCCUAGAAAUCCAAUUUAGGUCCUUCAUUCACGGCGUAUUCUUUUCAUUUAAUACAAUCACAACCAUUGGACUCGGCAACAUCAGGGUAACGCAGCACUUCUAUUUGGCGGUUCGUCAGCUUAUUUUCUAUGAGCUCAAGGGCCAUUUCGAUCAAAAGUCUCAAACACUAAUUAUUGGAAAAACAAUGAUUGGACUUCUGCUCUAAAAAUAAGUCUUAGUGCUUCUUUCUUAGCAAAAUAUCUAUUUCAGUGGUUUACGUGGUUCGAAAAACCGCUUUUUUAACGGUUUUUGAAAUUAUUUUUGAGAGUUCAGUUUGAGAUUGAUGAAUAUAAUAAGAGAACCAAUAAUAUCUCAGGGUAAUUUGAAAUGGAAAAAAGUUGACCAUGAAUAAAAAAUUUCAAAGUAUCAUUCCUCCAAAAAAAGAAAAAAAUGCUCAGAUAGCGCCUGUGAGGCUGUCUCCCAAAGAAUUCGAGCAACUUUUGAGAUGAAAUCAGUAAGAAAAAUGUUAAGAGGACCCCUCUUGUAAUACAUUUAUUUUCUUAUAAUAGAUAUUCGUUUGAUUUGAGAAGAAAUGAAGUUCAAAUUGCUUUGUUAGCAUUAUUUUCAAGAGGACAUUUAGUUAAUUUAACUUUGAUAACUUUUUGAGUUUGCAUAUUUUUUUAACUGAGGAAAGGCGAAAUUUUAAAAACUUUCGCUUGAGUCAAAACUUGUUCGAUAAUCUUCGCCCGAAAUUUCGAAAAAGAACUUCUUUUUAGAACUAUCGGAUUUGACCGGUCGCUUUACACAUGUAUUAUAUUAAAGCCACCCAUAAAGCCAAAUAUUGAAAAAAAAAUCAUUUUUCCUGGUUUGAAACGGACUCAGACAGUCACUGAACUUUUUGUUUGAAUUUUCAACUCAACGGUCAUGUGAAAUAAUAAUCGUUUUAAUUACGUUUUCUGUCGAUAAUUUUCUGGUCACGUCGUAUUUCUAAAAUAAACCCAAAGCUGUCUGGUUUUCAGUUAGCCGUUUUCUAUGUCAUCAUCGGACUGGCUGUCAUCACGGCUUCUCUGGACUUGUGCUCUUCGACGCUCAAGCGAACAUUCACAAAACUGCACUAUUUCGGUCGCAAAAUCCGUGGAGCGCGUCGGGGAUUUGCAAAUAUGAGCGACGACAUCCGAGAAGCGAUGCGAAUUAUAGCUGCUCUAAAAAAGACAAGGUGACCCUCAAAUUCUAUUUUUGAACUGACGCACAACUGCUGAAAAUCAAGUUUUCCCAAUCACGGUUUUUGUCAAGAAAAGGCUUGAAAAUUUUUUUACUUGACAGUGUUUGCCGUUUGAAAAAAUAGUUCUACACCACUGAAAAAAACUUCUCAAUUAAUCACUAUUUUUUUUGGAACAGGUGUCCAAUGAUAUGGCUUGGGUAUACUCUCACAAAAAAAUUCCUUAAUUUUCUAGUUGCUUUUAAACUUUUUUUAAAGCUACAGGACUAAAUGAUUAAUUUUUUAUCGCACUAAAGUAAUAGGUUCAAUGAAUCUUCGAAUUAUCGAGGCUCCGGAAAAAAAAUUCGCGCUAGUAGAGGCUAUCAAAAAUAUCUCAUCUGAAGAAAUCUUCAGAGAACUUUUGUUUAAAAUUCGCAAUAUUUCAGACCAAGCAAAGAUCGAAUAACUCUGGAAGAUCUGAAAAGGUUUCUGGAGGUGCAAGAACAUUUAUUGCGACAGCCUUAUGUUCCGUACAACGUUCAUCUUUUGCGAUGGAUCGAAGACAAUGUGAGUCCACAAAUGGUCUGCUCUACGAAGUCAAAAACAGCAAAAUAAAAAGACAGUUUUAGUACGCCCAUUACAUGGACGACAUGCCGUCGGGAGCAAAAUCGCCCAUGUCCCCGUCUCGUCUUUCACACAAAAUAUCUUCCAGCGAUCCGAUGCUCUUUUUCUGA